GUUAGUAUUGCAGAAAGCGUGAGUUUCCUGUCUACCUGGCGCGCCUGAUCUCGGUCGCACUCCUCGCUUCACCUCACGUAGCCUUGAGUAGAAGCACGGAGGUGAGGCCGCCUGGAGGCGGGGCGACAGGGGCGUCUUCCCGGAGCUGCUCCGGGCAGUGGGCGAGGGAAGCCACCGUGGAGGUCCAGGAUGGCGGAACCGGCGUCCGGACGCGUGUGGACCUCACAGGGGAAACAAAUGGAAGACCUGCCUGAUGCAGCUGUUUUGGCGACUAAACUUAAAAACACUCUCAUCCAGUACCACAGCCUUGAAGAUGACAAGUGGCGAGUUGCUAAGAAAAUGAAAGAUGUAACAAUUUGGAGGAAACCUUCAGAAGAAUUUAAUGGAUAUCUCUUCAAAGCCCAAGGUGUUAUAGACGAUGUCGUCAAUAGUGUAAUAGACCAUAUACGCCCAGGUCCCUGUCGCUUGGAUUGGGACAGCUUAAUGACCUCAUUGGAUAUUUUGGAGUACUUUGAAGAGAAUUGCUGUGUGAUGCGUUAUACUACUGCUGGUCAGCUUUGGAAUAUAAUUUCCCCAAGAGAGUUUGUUGACUUCUCCUAUACUGUGGACUAUAAAGAAGGGCUUUUAUCCUGUGGGAUAAGUCUUGACUGGAGUGAAAAGAGAUCAGAAUUUGUUCGUGGAUAUAACCAUCCCUGUGGUUGGUUUUGUGUUCCUCUUAAAGACAGUCCAAACCGGAGUCUUUUGACAGGCUAUAUUCAGACGGAUCUGCGUGGAAUGAUUCCCCAGUCUGCAGUAGAUACAGCCAUGGCAAGCACUUUAAUCAACUUCUAUGGUGAUUUACAAAAAGCCUUACAAAAGGCAUAAUAUGUUUAAACUUAUAGUAUUAUAUUCCCUGAAUCAACUCUCUCUCUUAGCUGCAUGGCCUGUAAAAAUCAUCCUUUCCUGUCUUCUGCAUAGCCUGUAGAAAAUUUUGAGAUGUUUUUGGUUUAUUUUAUUCCUAAAGUAAAUAGCUAUCUAGAGUGGGCAUUUCAGUUUUCCUAAACAGUUAUUUGCACAUUGUUUGGUAUGGUGAUAUGUCUAGGAAUGGAGAGUAUGACAGAAAUCCACCAAGAAGUAGAUAUAGUUCUUUGACACAAACUCUUAAGAAAUUGAAU